CUGAUCCUUAAAUGACGCUUCACCUCAGCACUGGAUGUUGCCGAUCGCCGCGCUGUUUGUUAUGUUAACGUUUAAAAAUGCUUCGGCGGUCUUAAUGUGGUGUUAUGUGUCAAGUGCGCUUCGUGCAAUACUGCUUGCAAGCUAAACGGACUGCUUGAUAGUGGUGGUGCACCGUAGCCUGCGUGUAUCGAGCAAUCCGAAACGGUGCAGCGGCUCGUAUUCGGAACAAAUUGCUAGCUGUCUUUCACAGUGUGACAGCAGAUGAAGGCAUCAUGGUUUGUUAAAGACUGGUGUCAUCAUGCCUUCGAAGCUGCAGCUGGAUAAAAUAGCGUGGCAGUGGACCGAAACUGUGGAACCGGCCGAUGUCAAACAAGAUCACAUCGAAGCUGCCUACCGGGUUAGAUGUAGUUCUUGCUCGGCCAAUGCAUGCAGGCGAAACUGUUCGGGAAAUCCCCGUUGCUUGUCGGGCCUUGGAGAACGAAAUUGGUUGCAAGAGUUAAAGGACAGUGCCUGGCAUGAUGUGGGGGACCCUCAAGUGGAGAGGAGACCUGAGGGUGGUUUUGUCGGCCUCAAGAACCUUGGUGCAACCUGCUACCUAAACAGCUUCCUCCAGGUGUUGUACCAUAAUCCUGCAUUUCGACAUUCGCUAUACCAGUGGGAUCCUCAGGACGAUCCACAGGAGUGUGUCAAGCUAGCAAGUUCAAAUGAAAAAAAAGAGCUUUCCGCUCUCAGUGCCACUGGUCCCUGUGUGACAUACAGGCCAUCAUCAGUCACUGGACAUCUGCAGCUCUUGUUUGCACAGCUUCAGUUCAGUAAAAGAAGGUACAUAGACCCUGAACCAUUCAUCACCUGUCUUGGCCUGAGCACAACCCAGCAGCAGGAUGCGCAAGAAUUCAGCAAGCUGCUGAUGUGCUUGCUGGAAAAGCACUUGUCCUCGCAGCGGCAGCCCAGUGCACGCACGAUUGUACAGGAACAGUAUGCAGGAGAAUAUGACUAUGUCACCAAGUGCCUUGAAUGCAGCACAGAAUCCUUAUGCCCCUCCAAGUUUUAUGAGUUGGACCUCAACAUCAAAGGCCUUAAGCACUUGGAAGAGGCUCUCAAUCAGUUCCUCAGGGAGGAGAAACUGGAAGGUAGCAACCAGUACAGCUGCGGGGUGUGCGGCGGCAAGCGCAAUGCAGUGCGCUGUAUUCGAUUGCGCCGCCUGCCACCUGUGCUCAAUCUGCAGCUGCUACGCUUUGGCUUCGACCGGCAGGCUGGCUGCCGCAAGAUCAACACUGCACUGCAAUUCACUGAGACCCUAGACCUGAGUUCACACCUGCGAAAACCACCGGGCAGCAUGGUCUACACCUUGAUGGCAGUGCUGAUUCAUCAAGGGUCCAGUGCCAACUCCGGCCACUAUGUGGCCCACAUAAAGGAUCGAACAUCAGGCUCAUGGUACCUUUUCAACGAUGAUGGUGUCUGUAAAAUGCGUGGGCGCCAUCUACAGCUCAACACAGAUGAGGAAAUCCCAACACGUCCACAGGGCACCGGCUCAGACGAUGCAAGUGAGCCCAAGAGACUGGCCAAGGGAACCCAUGACUCUACGGGGGCAUAUAUGUUGGUCUAUCAAAAAAGUGGUCACACAAAUUCAUUUCCAGCCGAUCAGGACCCCUUUUGGGCUUUCAUGCUGCCCAAGAUUGUGCAAGAUGCCUUGGACACUGACAAUGCUGUAUUUGAGCAGUGGGUGGCUGAAAUGGAUGCUAUGCGGGCAGACAAGGUGUCUGCUGGCCGAGCUCAGCAGAAGGAGGUGCGCUCCCUGUAUGAGCAGCUGCCCGUCAUUGAAGGGGAGCCUGUGGACUGGAUUGCCACCGACUGGCUGAUAAAGUGGCUUGCCCAGGACAAGGAGCCAGUGCCACCGGUGGACAACUCGGCUGCGCUUUGUGCACACUCUCUGCUAGACCCUCAGCAUGUGGGCAAGGUGAAGUGCAUCAACAGUCGAGCUGCCGACCUUAUCUACCAGAAGUAUGGCGGGGGCCCACGGCUAAGGGAAGCGCUGUGUGCCAGCUGUGUGGUGCAGCAGUGCCGCUACCUCAGGGCCCACAUGAAGGUGCAAGAUGAUCAGCGGAACAUUUCCCGACUGCUCAAGUUCAAGCCAAGCAGCACGGAGUCCUCGAUGUGGGUGGGCAAGCAGUCGCUACUUUGGUGGCGCAAGCUGGCCAUGGCACAGGUGGCAUCUCCCUCCCAGGAGACAAACGGCAACGACACAGGUCAGCAGUGCUGUUGUGGUCCCAUUGAAGAGGACUCUGACACAACAUUGCCACCGGUGUCCACUGCCAGCUUCAGCUUCAAUGAGGACAUCUGCUGCCCGCAUGGAGGCCUGAAUCCCAACAAGAACAUUCGGCGUCUGGUGGGCAUGAAUGUGUGGACUCUGCUCAAGGGUCAUUUCCCCUCGGCACCCGAGUUUGCCGAGUCGGCAGAAGAUUGUCAGAAGUGCCUGGCCCACCAGAUGGAGGACACUGCAGCUCAGGUGGCACAGAAGCAGCAGGCAGCCCAGGAGCGGCAGCAGUUUGCCGACCUUGUGCAAGAGCGCAACAGGCCUGAUCUCAAUGAAAGCCCCGCCCGUCUCGUUGCGCGCCACUUCCUCAGCCAAUGGAAGCUCUUCCUCAGGUAUCCCUUGGCAAAGGAGCGGCCCACGAACAUAGUCAAUACUGAGCUGCUUUGUCCACAUGGUCUUCUUUUGCAUCUACCCCAAGAUGAAGACAGAGCGGUUGCCAUCUGGCCACAGGAGUGGGAAUCGCUCGUUAGCCUUUUCCCAGCUGACUUGUGCAUUACUGUGUCACCAGGACCUGGAGAAGGCAAGCCGAUUACUGAACCAGCGCUGUGCGACUCGUGCCGGGAGUCUGCCGACCUGGAGCGGCGCCAGUCGCAGCAGGGCACCGUGCUGAUUCGCCGCGUCUCGAGCCAGGAGGCCGAAGCGAGCGCCAAGCGGCCGCGACUCGACGAGCGCCGCCAGCGGAGGGCGCGCAGGGGAGACCGCUCGGUGCACAUGCGCGCCACGCAGACCCUGCUCGACCUCAAGCUCAAGGUGAUGGAACUGUUUUCGGUGGCCCCGUUCGACCAGCACCUGAGCCUGGACCAAGGAGACGGCCAGCCCCCUCUGUCGCUCAGCGGGAACUCCUCCACGCUCGCCGAGCUCGGAGUGCUGCCAGGCGCACUGCUGCUGCUCGUGGUUGACGAACCGGCGGGUGACCUGGAAGACUGCGACCAGUCGGGCGCCGACCUGUCUACCGGAAUGGGUUUCAAAGGCACCAAGCUCCAGGAGUGACAACCGGAAUUUCCUGUGCCGGACUGCGUCCGGUGCCCCGUUGCUGCCGACGGUGCGGUGUGCCUUGCCGUCGCAGCCCUUUAAAUGCAGCCUUUUGGCAAAAUGCACACGACGUAAUGUUGCUCUCCGAGGUACGCAAGUCGCGACGUAGUCAGCCUCCCGCGUUCCUCUCGUCACAUCGAGCCCGACCGUUUUCUGUCAUUUUCUUACCUGUUUAAUUAAAGCAGAAAAAGAAAAA